ACUAAAACAACCAGUAGCUCUGUGUGUUUUCCAAAACAAAAACACUAAAAUCACAAGGCCAACCUCUACAGGGAAAAUUGCCAAGAUCCUUGUAACAGGAAACUUCUGAUCAUUAACGUGCUGCGCAGUUAUCUUGGUAUAUAUUAACAAAUUGAACAUCGAUUAAUAAUGGAAGUUUUCUCAUGAUUCCUUUAUCUGAAAUAAAUUGGAAAUAAUUUUAAAAAUUAGCUAACUGAGCACAUGAAUGAUUAUCUACAGCAGUGAGUGAACUAACACACAAGACAUAUUUCAUUAUUUGCUACUUUGGAUUGCAUUGUGUUAGGGCUUUGUGCAAGGAUUAUUAAAUUACUACAAUGGAGGGGUUGCUCACAGAACUCCAAUGCCCAAUAUGUUUAGAACUAUAUACUCAUCCAGUUAUCUUACCAUGCUCACACGUGCUAUGUAAGGCACCGUGUGGUGAGCGCAUGUUUGAACACAGCUUCAUCAAGUGUCCAGUAUGUAGGGAUACAUCAUACGUCAGUGGUGGUAUUGCAAGUCUCCCGAGAGUCAUCACAAUUGAGAACAUAAUUGAUAGAUACAGAGCGGAGACUGAAGAUAGUGACUCAACCGAAUCAGAUGAAGAUGGCUCCCCCUUGUGUCAGCUGUGUAAAUCAGGAAACGAACGAAAAGCAAAGAAAAUAUGUGUUGAUUGUAAUGCAUCAUAUUGUCACCAUUGCCUGGAACUAUCUCAUCCUAAUCGUGAACCAUUCAGUAAUCAUAUACUAAAUGAGCCAGUAAAACAGCUUCAGGCAAAGACAACACUAUGCAUGGUACAUAGUGAAGCAGCUACUGUUUAUUGCCAGGGUUGUAAGACACUUGGCUGUAACACAUGCAUACAAGACAGCACACACGCAGGACACCCUGUCACCCCUGUGGAGCAAGCCUAUGCUAUGAUCAGGGGUGUCCUAGAUAACAGCCUUCAGAAGUUGGAAUCCAGUCAUGGGCAGUUGAAUGAAAUCAUUAAAGGACACAGAACUGAACUCAAGGAACUCCGAGAGAAAGUACAACAAUCCCGUCAACGUAUUCAACAGCAGUGUGAUGCCUUGAUCGCAGAAAUUGAAGUUAAGCGUAGUUUCUUCCUGAGCGAUCUACAAUAUGAAGAGAACAGCAAGACACGUGGGAUUGAAAAUAUAAUAGAGGAGUACCAGAGACAGAAGGUUCACAGUGAGAGUCUGGCACACUAUGCCAAGGAAGUGCUCAAGGAAACUGACCCUUCAUCAUUUUUACAGUUGGCUAACUCUGUGAAUGAUAAAGUGAUGAAGGGCACCCCUGAGGCCAGCCACCUUGUGAUUUCACAGACAUUGCAGGUCAAAAACAAUGUUGUUGACUUCCGUAAAGAAAAGGCCAUGCUAAGGGACAUGACAUACCUUUCAGCUCCUAGUACCCCAGUUGUUGAUGUGAGCAAGUGUACCAGAUCAAGCGACAGUGUUGUCCUGGUGUUGCAACCAUGUAGCUAUGACGAUGUGGUAGAUGGUUACUCAGUCUGUUACUGUUCACUAGAACAGAAGGCUAAGGGAGAACAGGAGAUUGUUACAUUCAAGACACCUCUGGAAGAGCGUAAGUUUGGCUACAGCCAGGCUCACAACACUGCUACCAGCCUCAUUGUGAAUAACCUGGAGAGCGAUACACUGUAUUAUUUCUGCGUCAUGGCGAGCAAUGGGGCGGGAGACAGCUGUAACUCUGAUAUCAUCAACUGUACAACUAUGGCUAAAAACCAGAGUCGAGUGCCAGUGCCUGAAAUUGAGCGUUCAAUGUGUCAGUCAUUCACUACCUCAAUAAUGAUCUUCAGUCCCAGUCCUCCAGAGAGUAACGAGGAUACCGCCCACUAUUUACUCUAUCGGGAGUCCACAGGUACAAAGGUGUGGAAAAGCACCCCUACGUACAAGACAGACACGCACAGGGUGUUUGGGCUGGAACCAGACACUCAAUAUAGCUUCCUGAUACUUGCUUGUAAUCAGAUUGGAGAAUGCCACAUGUCUAAUCAGUCUACACUUUCAACACAGAGAUCAGCAUACUGAGAUUGGGAGACAGAGAUUGUGAUAGGCCUACAGAAUGAUGAUUUAUAGGGACUGAGAUCUGAUAAAUCUGUUCAGAUUGAAUAGACAAUUAUGCAAUGGAGUCCUGCAUAUUGAUACAUGAAUUCAAAAUAUUUCAUAGUAACAGGAAUCUGAAAGAUUUGUUCAGAUUGAAUAGACAAUUGUGAAUGGUUGGCAAUUUAAAUAUAAUGUUGAGAUUGUAGUACCAGAGGUAUGAUAUUAUGAUAGAUGUGUGAGCUUGUAGUGAGAGAGAUCUGGUAUUAUAGUAUCCUUGGUAUGAUAUUAUAGUGACAAGUAUGAUAUUAUAGUGACACAGAUAUCAUAUCGACAUAUGUGUGUAUGAUACUAUAGUGAUGGAUCUGUGAUAUUAUAGUAUAUGAUGUACAUACACAUUUUAAAUAUGGGAGAUUAUAGUGUUAGAGAUCUGUGAGUACAUUGACAGAUGAUAUGUAUGUUUGAUAUUUUACUUAUACUUAUAGAUG